AAGCCACUCUGUAAUUAAUUAGAAAUGAUAUUUCUAUAUAUAUAUAUAUAGGCUCCCCUCUCCAAAGCUCUACCCCCACCACCACACCCACUAAUAACUCGUACGUUCUAUUACUCUCUCAUCUCUCGCAGAAAAAUGGCAGAGGGCACAACAAACUGCAUCGACAUCCUACUGGCCAUCAUCUUGCCCCCUCUUGGUGUCUUCCUCAAGUUUGGCUGCCAUGUUGAGUUCUGGAUCUGUCUCGUCCUCACUUUCUUUGGCUACAUCCCCGGGAUUAUCUACGCCGUUUACGCCAUCACCAAGUGAAAAUUCAUUCUUCUUCUUCCACACCACUGUUUUCUGUCUCCUCUCUGUGUGUACACUCAAUUUUAUGUUUUAAUUUCCUAAUUUCUUUUCUUUUCUUUUCUUUUCUUAUUUCUGCUGCCUAUUAUUUCAUUUGGUUGGUGUGUGUAGUCAGUAAUGUAAUCAAUUGUUGUUGUUGGACAAUAAUUGCACUCUGCGUUACGUUUCUUAAUUUUCUUCUACCUCUACCAAA